CACGUGCUACCACGUGGGUGGACUGUUUCCAGCCCCACCUUUUAUUCAACCAUCGAUAUACUGAGUUAAAUUACCAUAGAUGGCUACAUAUUCGCGCAAAGUUGGAUUUGUGUACAUAUUUAAUCUGCUUAUUGGUGCUGGGGCCCUUGCUUUACCAAAGACCUUCAGUGAUACCGGGAUUGCUUUAGGAACUGUUUUCAUCACUCUUCUAUGCACUCUGAGUUACAUCACAGCUUGCUAUGUGAUAGAAGCUAUGGCUGCUGCCAACGCAUAUGAAAGAAUAAUGGAGAGAAAAUGCUCAAUGGAAGCUAUGGCAAGACAUGACAGUGAGUCUAAGCAAAAUGGAAUAACAAUGGAUCCUUCUGAGGCUGAGAAGCAAGAAGUGACAAUUUAUAUUGAUCAAAAGGACUACGAGAUUACAAAGAAAUUUGAAUAUGGUUCAAUGGCAAACUUGUUUUUUCAUAUUUCUGGAAUCAUACUAGCAUAUUUAGUCUUUUGCAUUAUGUCUUAUGGUGAUGUGUCAUACUUUAACAUUGCAAUUGCUACAUCACUGUCCCAUGUGACAUGUCAGCUCCAAAGGCAUCAUCAACUUAGACUUAGUUUGAUUUCAAAUGAUACUUUGUUUGGUGAUAAUGAAACAUGGUUUGCUGAUCAAGAAUCAAGAAAUGAUUGUUUUACAAACUUUGGUAGUAUAAAAGUUUAUUAUAUUUGCCUUGCCAUUAUAGCCUUCACAUUGGGUCCAUUUGUAUUCUUUGAUAUAACUUCUUCAAAAUUUAUACAAAUUCUAACAACAGUAGCAAGAUACAUAGGAUUUGGAUUAAUGACAAUUUUAGUAAUACUAAGAUUCAUAGAAGGCCAUCGCUACAUGCCUCAAGUAGCUAAUGUAAAAUCGUUGCCCUUCUUGUAUGGAAUUGCACUCUAUUCUGCAAAAAUUCAAGAUUUCAUUCCUGGAAUUAUAAUGCCCAUGUCUUCCAAGGAGCACAUUUAUCGUAUCUUGUUGGGAGACUUUGUGACAUGCUGGCUUUUCUACCUCUUCCUUUCAUACGCAAGUGUAUUUGCAUUCCCAGGAGAUGAGAUUGAGCCACUGUAUACUCUUAACUUCUUUCAGCCAGCCACCAGUGGUUCCAUUGAUUGGAGACUAGUACUAGGAACAAUGCUAGCACUGCUACCAGUCAUUUCACUGGUCAGCAUAUACCCAGUGCUUACUGUAACACUGAGAGAAAAUCUCAAGUCGCUUUCUAAAAUUAUCCUUGAGUGUCGACUCAAGAGGAAGGUCAAAUUUCCUGUUAUUGUGGAUCGUUUCUUGUUUCCCCCUCUUGUUUUCAUUCCUCCAUUAAUAGUAGCAUACAUUACACAGGACAUUGAGCUCUUAGCAUCAAUCACUGGAUCAUUCCCUGGCAUUACAAUACAGUGUGUCAUGCCUGCUGCCUUUGUUAUAGCUGCAAGAUACAAGAUAAAGAAAGCACUGGGUACCUAUGAUAAUCCGUACAAGGCUCCAUUGAGUAAUAUGGUGUUUGUCGUUGUUGUUCUUGGAUGGUCUGUCAUCAGUGUUGUCAUGAUGAGCAUUAACUUGAUUUUGAACCCACCAGAGUAAUUUUGGGGAAAUUUAAGUAUCGAUAUUUUUGUUUGACAAGAACUUUUAGUUUUAAUACAGAAAUAAUUAAA